CGAAUUUGAUAAGUUCUCGGCUUUUCGGCGGGAAACGGGAACGGGACAGUUGCUUUCUUCAUUGAGUAAUCUAAAUAAUUAAUACGAAGUGGUGUUUUGUGGUUAAUGAUCGCAUUAAGUUAGUCAGAAGACAUUCGCGAGUGUUAUUAUAUUGGAGUAUUCAAUAAACAAAGUGUAUCUGCCUAUUUUCGCUUCGUGCCGGGAAGCCGCUUCAUAACUCAAAAGUUUAUGCGGACUUUUGAGUUAAUUCGUUUGGGGUUCGGAGUAGGAGUCUACUCCGAGGGUGGGGGCUUAGGUUUCAUCAUUAUCACCUUUCAUCAUUUCAUUAAUCAUCAAGAAAAAAAAUACGUAAGACAUGGCUGUAUGGGCAUAGUUCCCUUUGCCUUACCCUUCGGGGAAAAACAAAACAAAAAAAAAAAAAAAAUUGAUAAGUUCUCGAUAAUUUCCAAAAAAGGACACAUUUUACGAUGUUUUCGCUAAAUAAUCAAUUGGAACUGCGACAAGUGACUGUUUCUAGUUUAUUAACAUGUAUUUAUUUGCCCAGUAUAGUUACUGUUGUGUCAUACAAAGGUUUACUUUAUUCUGUCGGAAAAGGGUCUUCCUUAUACAUUUUAGUCCUGAUAUUUCUCGCUGAGCUAUUAAAAUCUUUCUACUUGAGUUCGUCUAAUGACAUCCAAGGGAAGAAAUCAAAGGCGAGCAAGAACAGAGCGAGGGACAUAGCAAAGUCUGUCAUGGUGCUUUUGUGUGUAAUGUUCUGCUUUUUCGUCGGAAUAAUACUUUUCGGAGCUCCAUUUCUGGAUUGUCAUGAAGAGACAUUGAUGUUGUCGGCUUUGCUGACGCUUUUAACCGUGUUUCCAAUGAUUGCCCAUGCAGGCGUUGAACCAUCGAUGCAAUUGGUCUUUGGUCUGAAGGGUUAUGGAAAGGACACAAUUGUGGAGAUGUUGGUGAAUAAUGCCAUGCUGACAGUGUGCGGAGCGUGGCUGGGCGCAGUUGUUAUCCCUCUAGAUUGGAACACUCCAUGGCAGCAAUGGCCUAUCCCUUGCUACCUCGGUGCUAUUGGGGGAUACCUUCUUUCAAAUGUACUGACUGUCUUAAAGGUAUCACUGAUGACCGCCGCAUACAAAUAUCCAAGUCUAAAUUUCCUAGUCAAUAUGCUAAAUAAAAUUCGUGUUUCAAAAUAACUAGUGUAAUAAUAAUAAGUUAUUACUAAGGUAUCAGUAUUGUUGCAUUUUAAUGUAUUUAUUUUACCAAAUAUUAAAGAAUUGUGGGCAGAUA